CUUGAAAUUUCAUGGGCUCUGCCCAGAAAGGGAGGAAGCCCUUGUUUGUCGACCUGGAGAGCGGGGUGCAGGCUCUGCCCCCCGGUUCCCUGGGGGGCUGUGAGGAGCCUGGGGACCAGAGAGGCCACACUGCUUGCCUGCCGGCACCCAGCAAGGGGCGGGGCUGGAGCAGAAGCCAGGUCUUUGUCACCCAAGCCUGCGGGCUUUCCUUCCUCCUGUGGGGAGAGAUUAGGACAGAGAUUUACUGAUCCUGAAGACAGUGUUUGUACUAAGGAGGCCCCACGAAGAAGAUCGGGGAGAACAAAUCUGGCUGAUGAAAGGCAGGGGGUGCUUUAAGGAUGACCGCAUCGUCUUCUGGACUUGGAUGUUCUCUACCUACUUCAUGGAGAAAUGGGCACCGCGGCAGGAUGACAUGCUCUUCUACGUGCGCCGGAAGCUGGCCUACCCGGGCGGCGAGGGCAGCGUAGACGGGAGGAAGCUGGCCGAGGCCGAGCCCGAGGUGGAGGUGGAGGUGUACCGGCGGGACUCCAAGAAGCUGCCGGGCCUCGGUGACCCUGACAUUGACUGGGAGGAAAGCGUCUGCCUGAAUCUCAUCCUGCAGAAGCUGGAUUACAUGGUGACAUGUGCCGUGUGCACGCGCACUGAUGGUGGGGACAUCCACAUCCAUAAGAAGAAAUCCCAGCAAGUGUUUGCGUCCCCCAGUAAACACCCCAUGGACAGCAAGGGGGAAGAGUCCAAGAUCAGCUACCCUAACAUCUUCUUCAUGAUCGACAGCUUUGAGGAGGUGUUCAGCGACAUGACGGUGGGGGAAGGAGAGAUGGUCUGUGUGGAGCUGGUGGCCAGUGACAAAACCAACAUGUUCCAGGGGGUCAUUUUUCAGGGCUCCAUCCGCUACGAGGCACUGAAGAAGGUGUACGACAACCGAGUGAGUGUGGCUGCCCGCAUGGCACAGAAGAUGUCGUUCGGCUUCUACAAGUACAACAACAUGGAGUUUGUGCGCAUGAAGGGGCCACAGGGCAAGGGUCAUGCUGAGAUGGCAGUCAGCCGUGUGUCUACUGGUGACACGUCCCCCUGCGGGACCGAAGAGGAUUCCAGCCCGGCCUCACCCAUGCAUGAGCGGGUGACCUCCUUCAGCACGCCACCCACCCCGGAGCGCAACAACCGGCCCGCCUUCUUCUCCCCUUCUCUCAAGAGGAAGGUGCCCCGCAACCGGAUUGCCGAGAUGAAGAAGUCUCACUCGGCCAACGACAGCGAGGAGUUCUUCCGUGAGGACAACGGUGGGGCGGAUCUGCACAACGCCACCAACCUGCGCUCUCGGUCCCUGUCUGGCACGGGGCGGUCCCUCGUCGGAUCCUGGCUGAAGCUGAACAGAGCAGAUGGAAAUUUCCUUCUCUAUGCACACUUGACCUACGUCACUUUGCCGCUGCAUCGGAUUUUAACAGACAUCCUGGAAGUGCGGCAGAAGCCCAUCCUGAUGACCUAGCCGUGUGCAGAGCCUGCGCAGAGCCCCAGCCCUGCCCGGCCCUGGCGUGCUGCCAAGUGCCUACCCGUCCACCGCUACCGGCGUCUUCUGUGACAGCCCCGCGCCGGAGCCGGAGCCGGAGCCAGGCGGGGCCACUCCCCUCCCGGGCCAGGGCCGACCCCAGGAACACCAGCCCAAACUGAAGUGCCUCUCUGUCCUCCCCCGCCAGCUCCGCUCCUGCCCGCCGCCCGCACCCUCCCCCCGCUCCUGUCCCGAGAGCCCCCCGCACCCAGAGGGGCCCCGAGACGCCCAGAGGCUGGAAUAUGGACGAGCAGUGGGCGUCCGGGCUGGGCCCAGGCCCAUCCGCCUUGCAGAUCCGUGUGGCCGCGGCGCCCCAUGUCUGAUUGUCAACCCUUCCCCGAGGCAAGCUGGCUGGAGACUUGGCAACGCUGAACCGAGACCUUCAGCGCCCGCGUUGGUCCCAUGAGUCCGCCCUCCCUUGUUUACCGCUUGGUUACAAACGGGGCGCCGUGGGGAGAUGGAAGGUUGGCCCUGGGCUGGGAAUACCUCACCCCCGCCCGGUUCCAGAAGGGCCUCGAGCUGGGCAGACCGGCCCCGAUCCCGCCAGAAUGGCCUUUGCUUCCAGCCAAAGAGCACCACCGACACACACAGCAACCCAGAGACAGCCCGCUCUGCGCCCCGGCGGCCUGAGCCCGGAACUCGGACCCUGCGGCGGGUGGGACGACUUGGCGGCCACCUGGGACAGGUGGCAGGUGGGGGGGGGACCCGGCCUCCGCCGGGGAAGAUUCGAGGUAGAACUGCUGUCCUCGGCACGGGGGCUCUGGGGAGGGGACAGGGGUUCCCAGGAGCUGGCUUCCUUUGACUCGGGGCGCUGGUCCCAUUUCUCAGACCAGCUCACUGAGGCAGAGGCGCUGACCUCCAGGGGCUUCGUUCUGGCCGCAGGGUCCCGCCUGUGACAGAGGACACGUCGUGCUCAGAACCAUGAGCCUUCCCGAGAGCGAGAGUGGAGCAGACCCCCCCGCCCCCUGGGAAUAAACUGUCAGCUGGGCCUCUGUUGCUACGUUGUUUUGUCCAAAGUCCCAGGACUGUCUGAGGGUCUCCUGUGGUGCACGGAGGUCCUCUCCGCAGGGGACGGGGAUUGGAGGGGCUCGCUCUCCCUUCUGUUUUAUCCUGUGCGCUCCGAGGGUUUGCGCCAGGCUCCGGGGUCGGGGGCUACUUUGGGGCUUUCUCUAGAUUUUGUACGCUGUUAUUAAAGCAAGCUAUUGCAUUUCA